AGUUGAAACACAAACGUGCUCCAAACUAGUAGUCUCACCAUUAUUAUUGUAUUCGUUUAUGUGAAUAUCUAUUUCGGGGCCUGAGCCAUAAACAUUUCGAUUCAAAAUUAUUUUGUUCCGAUACUUUUUGCUAAUUGUGUGCGCUCCGAUACCGUCCGUCUCUAUAGCAAUGACAAUUAACCGAAUAAAUUAAUUGGAAACAUAAUUUUUGAUGUUCAUUAGACUAUAACGUUAAUCAAAACAAGAUGAGUCCUACAACGUGUGAAAUCAGUUUCGAUAACAAUCCGUCGCGGGUUUUUUAUGGCGGGCAAUUGUUAAGUGGGCGUGUUGUUUUAAAAUUGUUUAAGGAGAAAACAGUCAGAGGAAUUUAUGUUAAAAUUAUCGGAAGAGCUUACUGCAAAUGGACCACUGGCUCAAAAGACAACAAAAAGACCCACAUUGGCGAAGAAUAUUACCUGAACAACAAGACAUUUUUUGUAGGAGGUGAAAGUGGUGAAGUCGUUGUACAACCGGGUGAAUAUAAUUACACAUUCAGCUGUGCACUGCCGCCAGCUCUGCCAACAUCGGUCGAAGGGGAUACCGGCUUUAUCCGGUACAGUGUCAUUGUUAACUUAGAUCGGCCGAUGUGGCCGGAUCAAGAAUUCGAAGAAUUUUUUACGGUUCUGAAGCCGGUCAAUCUUAAUGAUGACCUAACACUUCGGUACCCAGUCUCGAGAGAACUGCGAAAAACCUUUUUCAUUUGCUGCCUAUUGUGUUGCUGUGAAACUGGUCCAUUCUUCGUAAACGCUCGGCUACCCGUCGGGGGUUACACUGCCGGCCAGACGAUAGAGCUUUUCUUAGAUAUCAACAAUAAGAGCGAUCAAACGUUUUACAAGUUGCAAGUUCAAAUUGUAAAACACAUUCAAUACUAUACGCAUGCCAACAGUAGCCGUACGACAUCUGAUGUAAUCGAAUUGGCAGAAGAAACAUGCGGUGGUUGCGACAAGAAUCAAGCUAAAACGUAUACAGUAAACGUAGUUGUACCACCUGUGCCACCAACGGAUGAAUCAACCAGUAAUAUUGUGAAAGUGACGUACCGUCUACGAGUUCGUGGAUCUGCGGACUGUUGUCGCGAAGACCCAGUCUUAGAUAUGCCCAUAACAAUCGGUACAUAUCCGAUUCUAUUGAGCAACGUACUGGGCCAGAAUGUAAUCACUCAACAGCCCACGCCAUUCGCAUCGUACCCAUCGGACAGUUAUAACGAACCAGCUAUUCUGCCACUUUUACCAUCAGGAGAUUCGGGUCCAACUGCACCACCAUUUACAUCGAUUGAGGGAAUCGAUCCACCAACAUACGAGGAAGCAACGUCCGCAAAACCAACUGACGCUGAUGCCAAGACAUUCAAGCCAUCAUAUCCGGUUUUCCGUCGCACACCAUCUUAUUCAACAGAGACAAACAACUGAACGUCCCGAAUUCUUAGCCGGGAUUUUCUCACUGACGAAAUGGAAUCUUCAUUUUAUACUCAUCUACUCAUGCAUGUACUCACGGAUCAAAAAUUAUUAUCUCAUGAAGAACUCUUAAGUAAUAAAACAGAAAUUUUCGAUUAAA